GGUUAUUUCUUCACCCUCCGCCAUCGUCGUUAUUAAAGAGGGUUCCAACAUCGGCGAGGAAUGGGGUAGCAUGAUCUUCUUUUCUUUCUGGAAAAGACCCCAGACGAAGAACUUCAAUAAAGAACUCGGCAGAUUCUGCAGAAGAUUGUCUUUCUCCCUAUCCUUGUUUUGCCUUCUUUCUUUGGCUAGUGCGGCCGCUGGCAAAUUACCCUUCGAUUUGUAUCAUGGGUCAUAUGAACAUGGAAUGGUCUGCUACAUCUGCUACGAAAGCAUUUCUUGAAACCGUGCAGUUGUGUGAUGAUCAUAAAAGGCGAUGUAACUCAUGGAGAACACGAGAGCCUGGGAGCAAUGAGUUCAUAUCAGCAUUAGCAGCUGGUACGAAAGCAGAACUGAUAGUGGAAAUCACAUCUUAUGUAUCACCAUCAACAAUUGCAUUAGCUACUGCCGCAAGGCUUACGGGAGCCAGGUUUGUAUGCAUUCUCCCAGAGAUUGUUCUUGCUGAAGCAAAGAAAGUGAUUAAAGAUUCGGGUCUGAAAGACAUUGUAGAAUUUACAACUGGAGAUCCCUUUGAGAUUCUGCAAAACUAUGAAAAUAUUGAUUUUUGUCUGGUUGAUUGCAAAGACGAUAACUAUAGGAAGCUGUUGAAGUUGCUAGAUGUUAAUGAAAGAAAGGCUGUGGUGGUGGCUAACAACUUGGUGGCCGAGAAGGAAGGGGUGGGAGGUCAUCUCAGAGGAAUGAAGGAUAGGGCUACGGUGAGGUCUUUGAAGUGUCCCAUAGGCAGAGGCAUGGAGAUUACCACAAUAGCAAGAAGUAACAAAACUGAGAGGAGAAAUCUAGGCGAUGGAGAAAGUCAUUCUGGAGCUGAAAGAAAGGGAAUUUCCAUGGAGAAGAGUUCAAGGGGUAAGAGUAAAUGGAUUUUUAGGACUGAUGAGGAGAGUGGAGAGGAACACAUUUUCAGGGUCCUAAGAUCCGAUGACAUCUUCACAGCACCAAUGUGUCUUUAGAGCUUGUCUAAAAAAAUUUCAACAUUGCACUCCAAAAUUUGGGCUUCAAAUCAUGUUUCUUAUAGUUUUUAUUGAUAAUAUUUCUCCGGAGAGUUUAAGGCUGUUUCUGUUUACAACAAUUCCAAGGAUCUGUCUUUGGAAGGUCAGAGAGUGCUCUUGCUCUUGAUUGCCCAUGGUGACCUAUAACUUUCCCUUCACAGUUUUACAGAGAAUGCUCUGAGAAAGAAUUCCAAGAUUUUCAUCUGCCUGAUGAAUUUACAACCUAUCAAAAAGCAACCAAGACUGAGCCCCUCAUCACCUGCUUGUACCACUGCAAUUUUAAUUAGCAAACAAAAUGCUGCCUUAACUUCAACCGGCUCAAAUGAUGGUCUGAAUGUCAUGUACUCAUCUAGUGUACAAAGAAGCUUCAUAUAUAUGGUGUCCUUUUCAUGUUGUGCUCUGAGAAUAAUAAACAUUGAUAUUAUUG